CCGAAAUACGCUUGGAUUCGUACGGUUUUCCCAAGUUAAAGCUAAGGGGCUGGCGAUUCUCGUAACUGCGAUUGAUCUCAACCGACGUACGCCUUGCGUUUCUGCCGACAAGAGUUUCGUCUGCUUGUGCUCUCGUUUCGCAUCCUCCUGGAGUUUUCACAACGGAAUGGACAAUUCCAAUCGAUCCACCGGGAGUGGAGGCUACAUGCCAACAAAUCAUCAUCAACAUCCGCAACAGCAGCAGCAGCAGCAACAACAAGGUUACACAGUCGGCCCGAACACGAACUCGUCUCCGCAACAAAAGGCUCGUCUUUUGCAACUACAGCAGCUGCAACAACAACAACAACAACAACAACAACAACGACAGCAACAAUCCUAUCAACAGCGACCUCAACAAUCGCAACCAAACCUACAGGGGUAUGGCGGAUCCAGUAUGCCCCAAAGUCCCAGCAAGUACGGUAACGGAAGGGUUGAACCUUCGCCUUUGUCUGCGGCUCCCCCGGCUCUCCUUCAGCGACCACCGCCCAACGUCGGAGUUCCGCCGCAGCCUCCGUUGUAUCCCCCACCCCAAAACUCCGCAAUGCCGUCGCCGUCGGUUGCAGCACGGAGUACCAGUGUCGGGUCAGUCAGGAAAAUUUCGUCCCUCCCCAUGGCAAGCAAGUCACAGAAACCGACAACUACAGGCAUGAUCCGCCAGACCAGCAUGACUUCAUCUACCGCCGACAACCCCAAGAGUAGCGCUAAUCCAACACCAUUUUCCAACCUUAAAGCCGCACCAUUGUCGGCAAUGACGACGACACAAACAAAGCCCAACACUGGUAAUCCUGUUCCAUCGCAAUCGCAGCCUUCCUUGUCCGAUGCACAGAUGCAGAGUCUUCUUAAUCAAUGUGAUUGGAAAGACAAAACUCUCUGGCUAUCGCGGCAGCUGUUCGGUGGACAAUCUGUUAAUGGCUUUUUACGUUCGACGGCUACCGUCCAGCGCAUCAAGAAACAACGAGCCCGUCAAGUGAAACUUAAAUCUACAGACGACGUUUCGAUCACUUCCGCAUCCGUCAACGACAAGAAACGCGACCUACCCGAUCAAGUGGCAGAAGAGGCCUUGAAACAACAAGUUAUGAAUGCCCGUACCGCCAAGAAGCUAAAAGCUGAAAUGGACGCAGGUCUCCAGUUCUGUGCAUUACUUCACGGGACCGUUAGGUCCAUCUUGCAAGAUAUGAACGCCAAUGCAGGCAUUCCAAUUCCACCGGUACUAGGCAGUCCAGAGUCAGCAGCCAUGAUGGGCAGUAUUCCACCUCCUGCCGGCUACAUUGCUUCGCAACAGGGCACGGCAUCGGGUGGAAUGCCCACGACCUCACAAGCUCUGAAGCAAAACCGGAAUGGGGCAUCACAGCCCGUAUCUACAGCUGGCACUCAAUACGUAACGUCUCAGAAGACAACUGCAUCGCCAGGGAAUCCAAACGGGUCAACUCUGCGCAAAAAUCGUAAAAAGAAACUACCGCGGAAUACCGAGCCGGUACCCGUUGUAUCCGAGUUUAACGCUGCUGGGAAACGUGUUGUUUCCAAAAAAGAACACCAAUAUCGUUUGUUUGAGGCCCUUCGAUUUCGAGCCUUGCGCAAAGGCGAUUUCGUAGCGGCCCGUGUCUCUAGUCGAGAUUUGUGGAUUCUCGCCAGUGUGCUGCAGGAAUACCCGGGGCCGACGGGAAAGAUGGACGAUUUUCUGCAACUAUCUGAGGCAAAGCGAGAUCAAGUCUUCCGCAACAAAGUCGUGAUCAAAGACGUGGAGGACAAAGGAGAAAUGGGAACUAGUAUGAUAUCACGAAACUUAGUGUUGCCCUUGCCUCGAUCGUUUUCGGAAGCAGCAGAUUGGGGGCAACGGUGUAAGAAAGGGUCGCGGUUGUACGCCAUGUAUCCCGAGACGACCUCACUUUAUACAGCGACGGUGAUGGACAAUACAACGUACUGUCGUGGGGAUGAUGACAUCAUUGUCGUUGAAUUCGACGGGGACGAGCCGGACGUGACUGGGCAAAUUCCAAAGUGCCAUAUUCCGGCUCGUUUUGUUACGCUGAUUCCUCGAGAGUUUUCUGGAUCGGAGCCGCAGGCAACAAAGAAGGCGAAUAGCAAAACGCCACAAGCGGCUGCCGGGCCUGCUCCUGCUUUGCCAUCCGAUGAUCCCAUUGCUUCCCUCGGUGACUUCGCUUUCGAUGGAUUUGGAGACUUUGAUGAUAUGGAUUUUGAUCUCGGGUUUGGUGCUUAG